CGUUAAUAACCCGUUUGGUUUCGGGUAAACCUUUGGACGUUCAAUUGAAUUUGCUCGGUUCAAUUCAAAGCCUUCCGACUCUUGCCGACGUCGAUUCUGUAUGUAAUUCUUGAAUGGUUUUCGUCGGAGCUGGGCUUCUUCGAGUUGGGAGGACUCGCUGUAGACGGCGUCGAGGAGGGUCUCGUGACUUGGGAUCGGAAGUUCUUAUUUAGGAGUUGGAGGAGUCCAAGCUUGACUGCCUCUCUCUCUCGCUCUCUCUCUCUAGAAACUCCAACAGUUGACUCUAAUCCCUCUCUCUCUCUCUCUCUCUCUCUCUCUGACUUUGUUUUUGUGGAAUCAUUUAAUUGGGAUAAGCUGUUUGAGCUGAGCACAUUUAUAAUUUUGGAUAUAUAAUGCUUCAAUUGUUUCUAUCAGAGCCCAUCUGGAAUGACAAUGGAGAUGAGAAUUCUGCCAAGAUUAGAGUAUCUCUCUUGAGUCAAUUGGAAUCUACUAUUUGGUUGUUCAUGGCAUCUGGAGGCCGUUCAGAGGCUCGACUGUGGCUUUGUAAUACGAUAGGCAGAAUAAGUUCUCUCACUCGUCACAAUCAGUGCGAGUUACUUUUGGACUUACUGAGAUCUAAACCCCUUAAGAAGGGAUUAGCAUCUCAGCUUGUAGAAAUGAUAUUUGAGAAUAGUCCACAUAAAGCAGGGUCUAUCAUAUCCAAGCGAAGUUACACACUAAAGAAAUUUUUUGAAGGAAAUCCAACACGAAUAUCUAAAUGGUUUUCUAAAGCUGGUGGUGGAUUGGGCCAUGAACCAGGUGCCAAGGCGCUAUCACAAUUUUCUUUUGUUAAUCGAGAUACUUGUUGGGAGGAACUUGAGUGGAAGGGAAAACACGGGCAAUCGCCAGCAGUGGUUGCUACAAAACCCCAUUACUUUCUUGAUUUGGAUGUCCAGGCAACUGUGGAGAAUUUCCUUGAAAAUGUCCCUGAAUUUUGGUCUUCCAAUGAGUUUUCCGAGUCACUUAAAGAUGGUGAAAUUCUGUUUGUUGACAGAAAAUAUUUUGUGGAAUAUUUUGUUGAUCUGAUGUAUAAAGAGGAUUCAAAAGAUGUUUGGAAAGUUACAAGUGAGUUCCUGAAGGAGGAGUGUUUUUCUUCCUUAUGCAAGCGCCUUCUUAUUACUCUUGAUGAGUCGGAUUUAUGUGAUUUUCUUAAAAUGCUAUACAAGUAUCUCAACCCUAGAAUGGAGCAGAAGGAUCUUAUGGACUCAUCUUAUUUGUUUGAGGUUAUACUUUCUAAGUGUGCAGAUUUUAGAAGCUUUGAUGAGAUAUUACUGUUAAAUGCAGUUUUUAAUCAUGGACGCCAACUUUUACGACUUCUACGAGAUGAAGAGGGCCAUGAAGAACAAGCAAGAAUUAAAGAUAUUGUUUCGAAGAUCUGCACAAUCCCAAGUGAUAACAGUAGCUUGGGCCCAAUAAUCAAAGAUUGCUUUAAAAUGAAGAAUAUACAAGCAUUAAAGUUGCUGGGGCUUCAGUCAUGGGUUAUUUAUUACAGUUUAUCAGAACAAUGCCGGACUCGUGAUUCUUGGGAAUCAUUAUUUUUGUGUAAUGCAAUAAGUUUCCGAACAUCAGAUAGAUAUUCAUUUCUAGACGAUCAAGGAGCCUACGAAGAAGGUGGUUCUGAUUUGGAUCGUAAAGCAUCCAAAACAGUUAAGCACAAGAAAAAGCAUAGUAGUAGAAGGAAAAGAAAAACAAGGGGCUUUGAUCACAUGACAGCUAUGACAAUGAGGUGCUGGAUUUGCAAUCAAAUGCUGGAAUGUUGGUUUCUCUCAAUUGAUGAGUAUUCUGCAUCAUGGAAUAUUGAGGAUUUACCUGAAUAUCUUUCCAAGUAUUGCUUGUCAACAUGGAUGAAGUGGGUGCUUGAAGAAUGGGGUCAAUAAGUUUCAUUGGAUAUAUAGAAUUAUUCUUCUUAUUCUCCAAUGCCUGGACAACUACCAUUGUAAUAUGAAAAUUUUCAAUUGUGUUAAACUGUCACUUGAUGGGUAUAAGAAAGAAUUUACCAUGAGGCAUAGUAUAGAAGACCGUUCUAUUUGGUGCAGCUAUCAAUGUUUGUCAAUACUAUGGUGCUCAUUUUUGUGCAAGAUUCUUAUUGAAAGUGUAGCAUCCACAAGGCUAUUCACAUUUGACGAGAUUUUCUGGCGUUGAAGUUUAAGAUAUGAAAGUAAAAGCGUGACAUUCAUAAGGUUAUUCACAUUUGACUAGAUUUGCUGGUAUUGAAGUCCAAGAUAUGAAUACUAGAGCAGGAUCAUGUUUAGAGAUGAAGUGUCCGUGGUUUAUCAUCUAAAUGCUUUUGUUGAAAGGUUGGGUUUUUUUUUCACUGAUGAGAAUUUGUCAAAUGAAGAAUUUGGAUUACCAGUUGGUAUGCACAUCGAGCUGCUGCCUUCUCGAGUGGGUGAAUAGUAUCUGGUUGGGGUAAAACUAUCCAAGAUAUUUGAUUGCUACUUUGGUACUUGUGUUUCCAAAAGAAAUUAUGUAAUAUUUUCUGUAUCUCAUGCAUCGCCCACCCAAGGACAUGUAUAUGUUGGUAUUGCACAAGGCGGAUGAAGGCUUGUAUCAUCUGACGUCGACCAAAUGUCUGAUUGAAGAUGAGAAGACAAUCCUUAGGGUUACGAAUUUGAAACAUGUUUCUACAGGCUUGUGGCACAGAAGUUAUGCUUGCUGAGAUAGAAGUAAAACUGUCCAGCACAGUGAGUUCCCAUUCUUCUUACAGAAGAAAGGAGAAAGUUGGUAAGCCUCGUUCUUCAGAUGGUAGCAAGGAUGCAGAGUUUAAGCGAGCCUACUACGAGCGAGAGGUUUGAUAUUGAUCGUGCUCAAAUUAAAUAUUUACUCUCUCGUACUAGCUCUCUCUUUUCUCAUUUUAGUAGAUUAUAGGACUCAUAUUAUUGCAGUUUAGGAGAUGGACGACCUGCGUUUCGUUUUCCUAGAAAGCACAACCUUUUACUUCAAGCUUGUAGAAACUUAUUUUGAAUGCGUUAAAUGAUGUGGGGCUCUUAUCUUGA